UACCAGAUAGGAAAGACAGAAAGAGAAUUUAUGACUUAUUGUUACAAGUCAUAGAAUAUGAGCUUGCAAUGGAGUGGGGAGCAAGUUGUUGCCAAAUUCCCAGAUGUACAGGCCAAUACUAUGGCUGUCGACUGCAUGGGAGUUUGGGUAGCUUUAGCAGGGAGAAGGGCUAUAUCCAUGGUGAAUUUAAAGAAACCAAAGGAGAAGCCACUGAAAAGUGCAAGGCAGAGUAAAUGGGAUGUCAGCUGUGUGCAGUGGAAUCAAGUCCCCUCUCAUUUAAAUCUCUUUGUUACAGCUUACAACCAAAAAUUGGACUUACAUUCUUGGAAAGAUAAUAAUAUUACUUCCCUUUGUUCCAUGAAAGGACACUCUAGGACAGUCAGUGAUGUAAGCUGGUCUCCAUCUGACCCAAAUAAAAUACUCUCCUGUUCCGUGGAUACAUUUAUUAAUCUCUGGGAUGUAAAUGAUCCGAGGAAGCCAGUCCGCUCUUUCCAGACAGUUUCUGGGGCUUAUCAAGUAAAAUGGAACAGACUGUCAGAAAAUAUGUUUGCCACCACUCAUGAAGGAGAGCUCAGGAUUUGGGACAUCAGGGAAGGAACAUCGCCUGUACAGUAUAUUGCCGCCCACUUGUCUAAGAUCCACGGAUUGGACUGGAAUCCAAACUCAAAGUCCGAGUUGGCAACGUGCAGUCAGGACUGUUCUGUAAAGUUUUGGGACAUAAACAAUCCGAGGCAGUGUAAAGGGUCAUUAAACCCUGGAUCCCCUGUGUGGCGAGCAAGAUAUACGCCAUUUGGGCAGGGUAUUGUGACAGUCGUAGUUCCACAGUUACGUAGGGGGGAUAACUCUCUCCACCUGUGGAAUACAGCCAGGAGCAAUCCAGUCCACCAGUUUGUGGGGCAUCAGGACGUCAUUCUGGAGUUCCAGUGGAGGAAGCAGCCUGAGGGGUCUGUAGAUCACCAGCUUAUUACUUGGUCAAAAGAUCAAAGUUUAAGAAUUUGGAAAAUUGAUUCUCAACUCCAAAAAAGAUGUGGCCAUGAUAUGGGAGAAAUGAAUGACUCCUCAGAAAAUGAGUCCAGUCAAGGAGGUAGGGAGAGUGUAUCCCAGAAUUCCAUGCAUGAGAAUGACCCGGAGACGGACCAUGGAAACAAAGACUUCCAGAGGCAGAUGUCCAUGAGUCCAGACAGUGUGGUGUUCCAACAGCCUCAGACCCUGGAACAGGAGUUUGAAUUGAUGAACACCAACAUACCUCAUAUACAAGUUGAGGAGUUGGAUGCUGUCAAGAGAACCUGUUCUGUGUCAGCUGUCUCCAGGAACUUCAACAUUGGCCUCAGGAUGCAGUUUCCGGAGAAUUACCCCUGUAGUGAGCCUCCAACUUUUGAGUUCCUGGAAUCAAAUUUGAACUACGAUAUCAAGCGCCAACUGCACAAGGUUAUGCUGGACACGGCCUUGAUGCAUGCCAAGAGAAACACAAGUUGUCUGGAGCCCUGCCUGAGACAGUUGUCUCUUGCUCUGAAUCAGCCUUAUAACUUUCGGCCGGAGGAGAGAAAGACACCGGACCCAGAGCCGGCACGCCCCUUCAACCUGAGCUGGCACCCCACCAAGCCGCCCUAUAACAGCAAGCCAUCCUACAUGGCCUGGCACAGCCCUUCAGGACUACAGGACAUCAACAUCCCAUUCCCCCGGACCAGCGGGGCCAGAUUCUCUGCAGCAGGAUAUUUAGUUGUGUUUGGUCGAUCUCAUGAAGCAAGGAAGGGCCCUUCAGGAACGGAAAUUACACCCAAAGCAUUGUAUGACCUGACAGAUUUUGCCUCAAAAUCCAGAAAUCGCUAUCCUCCAAAACUAUAUUCAAUUCCCUUCCAUCAGAACUACUCUAUCAGUCCUCCAACCCCAGUGGCAGAAAAUGUGUCAAUCUCAGAGUGGUACAUGUAUCGACCGAAAGUGACAAAUCAACCAAAGGGGAAGAGAAAGCAUCGUCCAAAAGAAUCCACCGAAGUCAAACCUGUGUUGGCUCCAGUCAAAAUCUACGAUAGUUCUUGUUUGCUGCCAAUUCAAAAAGAAUUGGGGAAAAAUUACAUAAUUGAUCGUUCAAACAUUCCGGCAAUGUGCAGUCAUAAUGCGAAAGCAGCCAGUGCAGUAGGGCGUAAAGAUCUGGUCCAGCUGUGGUCAUUGGUGGCCUUAACAGCGAGUGAGAAACUCAAGCCCCAGAACAACCCUGAUGAUGAGUUACCAUGGGCACAGCAUCCAUUUGGAAAGGAGAUGAUCAAAUACCUGUUUGAUUUCUACAUGAAGAUUCAUGAUGUGCAAACACUGGCCAUGCUUGUGUGUGUUCUCUGGGACAGGGAGAAUGCGAUUGUCCCACCCCCAAAGAAAGAGAAGGCUUCCCUUCUUCCACAGUCCACAUCAAUGGAGUACGUCCCUCCAAAUAUGGACAAUCCCGAUUUCUUAAGCAGCUCUACAGAUAGUGGUUGGCAAGCAAGUCCAUGCAAGUACAAUUUUAAAUUAUAAAUAGCUUUAUUGUAGUUGAAACUGGGAGUAGAGUGGGAAUAUGUUAUACCCAUUUAUACAUACUUUUUUUAUUUUCUUUAUUUAUAAAAGCUUAUACAUGCUGUAGAAACUAACUGAUUCUGUAAAUAUGUGAAUUAGUAUAUUUUUGGGGAGGUUACUUUCUGGACCAGUGUUUUAUCACUUGGGAUUACGAUAAUGGUGCAUUCCAUUGCUGCUAAAGCCUGUAAACGAUAGACUCGUUAUCUUUUACACUUCAGCAUUAAUCGAAAAAAAUAUUCAAUAUUUAAAAGAGAGCUUUUAAAAGACUUGUAAGGAGAAGGGCAUUGUUUGGAAGGAAAGUAAACUUGAGAAUAUUUUUAAAAGUUUUCAACAAAAAAAAGCAUUAAAUGGUGUAAGAUUUGAUCUUCUUGUCAGAAGUGAUUCCAUCGAAUACGGUAAACAUUUUGAGGUUGUCUUUAUGGAGAUGAAUGUAAAUAACAAAAUAUGGAACAAACUAGGUGCUAUUGAAUUACCUUUGUGGCUACUGAAAUACCUUAUUGACUGCUGAAUUACCAUAGUGACUGGCUAAAUGCAAAAUGCUAUUGCACAUACUCCUCUGCUUUCUCUUUCCCCAAUUUGUGUGUAUACAUUACAACUUUAUAGACAGUGCCAUUUUCGUAAGCUUGAUUGGCCAAGUAUAUUCUUCUGUGAUCCUAAGAUUAUUGAUACUCACUGAAAUGCAGCAUGUGUUUAGACAGUUAUAUGAAUUUGCAUUUCCUAUUCAUACACAAAUAACAAAACCGUUCAUUUUUUUUGUGUCUAUUCAUUGCUGAUAAACUUGCUCUGAUGCAAAUGCGAACCAGUAGUUUUUUUUUUCUUUCAGAUUAGGACUAAAGUACCCUAGAACUGUAAUGAUUACAUCAUAAUAUGUGAUUUUUUCAGGAAUUGUUAUAAAUUAAUUAAUGAUAUUGAGUGCCUCAGUGGUUAUGGGCAGAAACGGAAAGGUCGCUGGUUCAAAUCUGAAUGUGAGCACUUGAUGCUGUAUAUAGUCUCAGUUGACCUAGCUUAAAAUGGGUACCAGCUCUCGAUCGCUGGAAGUUCACUUGUGAUGAAUUGGUGUCCUAUCCAGGAGGAGUCAGUGAUUGACUUCUGCUUAGCACAUACCACAGAAUCAAGGCAUAAAAGCAGUGGCCCUUUGAGGUCCAUAUUGCUUAGAAAUAAUUUUUUCGAUUUAACUAAUAUCUUUCGUUCAUUGUAGCUAUUGUUGAGUUUCUGACAAACGCAAAAUGAACACGACAGGAAGAAGGAGGAAAAGUUUAGAAUAGUGCUCGAUCACGUUUACUUAAAAUAGAUAUUUUUGAUUUAUUUUUUAU